AUGUCAAUGGCGCCGAGCUCGCCCCGGCUGCCCAGCCCACCGCCGCCCGUAGAGAUCCAGAUCGGCCCUAAAUCCCCCUCGAUGGGCGCGCAGUCAAAUCGCCAGGCUUCACCCAUGGAGCAGUCACUGAUAGACGCCAACUCCAGGCGUCGUAUACAUCCAGGCACCAAGGCCGCCGACAUGGCAGCCGGACCGCCGCUAGUCCCCCUUAACGAGCUCGACUCGGCCUUUCAGCUCCAAGAACACCUCGCCGCCCUACACUAUUACCAUACAAACAGCAACAGCUCCCCGAUAACCCGUACGACAGCGAUCCAGCUUGCGACGCCACCUCCGGGGAUCGACCGUACCCUCUGGCUUUACGAGCUGUGCCGCUUCCUCAUCUCGCAGUGCAAUACUCUCAUUGUCGGCUUUCUCUUCGAUUCUCCGCCCUGCAGUGCCGUCACCUGCCCCGAGAUGCGCGCCUCCGAGUGGCAGUUUCUUUGCGCUGUUCAUGAGCAGCCCAAGAGCUGCUGCGCCAUCGAUUAUUGCUGUCACACUCUUGACUGGGCCGCCAACAUCGUUACCGACCCUAAAAUCUUUCCCUCUCGCUUUGUUGUCCUCUCCGACGUUCACAACAAGGGUGUAGCUGUUAAGAACCUCGUCAAUGUCUUCCGCCGUCUGCACCGGAUUUUCGCUCAUGCCUGGUUCCAGCACCGCGCUGUCUUCUGGACCAUUGAGGGCCAGACGGGUCUGUACGUCUUCUUCAAGACUGUUUGCGAUAUGUACGACCUCCUUCCUGCCGAGAACUACAAGCUGCCACCUGAAGCCGAGGGUCUGGAGACAGCUACGGCCGUGCCUGAUAGCAAUGGAGCCGACAAGAAGCAACUGCCUAUGUCCAUUGUCAAGCCCCCUCACCGUAGCGAGGGCGCUGCUCAAGGAGAGGAUGACAACUACCAGCCUGUGGGUCGGACCGCAACGAGGCGCCACGUCAGAGCCAGCCCGUCCGUUGGGAGUGCGGUAACAACCGUGGUGGAGGCUGAUGAAGAGGACAACGUUGUGAUGAACAAAAUGCGUGACAUGCAUAUUUCCGCGCCAGAGACAGUCGAGGAGGAGCCUGAAGUUGCGGAAGUGCCCGUCAUUGUGGAGAAGGAGAUCAUGGAAGAUGUUCCGUCACCUGAGGAACAGCCAAAGGAGGAGGCAACAACGGUACAAGAGGUCAAGGUCGAGACCGAGCCUGAACCGACUGGUCAGCCCUCUGAUAACGAAGGUAAACCUGCUGCGCCGACGGAGGAGGAGCCUGGCAAGUCGCUGGCGGAAGACAAAACGAGAGACCAGGCCGAUGAGUCUUCUACAUUAACCGAGCUUGAGAAAACGGAAUCCGCGGCGCAGGAAGCUCAAGAAGAAGCCAGCAAAGACAGCAGCGCAGCCGAUGUCAAGGAAGAGGCGUCUUCGACUGAGAAGGAAUCAGCAGACAAAGACGUCAGCACACAGGACUUCGCCAAAGAGUUGACCAAGCCAGCCGAAUCGGUCACAGACGUCGCAGACGACAGUGGCAAGAAAGAACAAGGCCAGAAAGACGAGUCCGAAUCAAACGUUGAGUCUAAGGAUGAGAAGAAGGAAUCCUGA